GCCGCAGCCCGCCAAAACCCCCCCAACGAUCUCGGCCGAACGACGGGACUCUCCUGGCGCGACCGCCGAUAAAAGACGGUGGACGUCCGCGCGGAACGAUGGCAUCCUCUUCACGACAAGGGCUCACCUCUGCCCUGCGCGGCGUUUCUACUCGCCCAAAUGGCGGGCAACGGCAACCACUCGAGCAACAAUUCCAGUCGCUGCAACUGACCCCAGCGAUCGUACACCGAAGGUGCAUGGCGAGCCAGUACAACGGGAGACGGGAUAAUAGGAACAACGACAUUACCGCCGCCCCUGAAUUCGACUUCGGGUCAUUCGCCAGGAAAUUCGCUCUUGCUAACUAUGCUCGACCGGUGCCUGUAUCGCCCUCCUAUUUCUCGCGCACUCCGUCAUUCAAUGACCGCUACCUCACCCUCGAGAAGCUGUUCAGGGCGUACAGCAACCUCCCGUUGAUCCCCGCCGCCGACGCCGAACGUAUCGCCUGGAAGACUUUGGCAGACCUGAGACAGUCGUUUGGUGAGCCCGUAAAGGCAACGGAUUACGUCAAGUGCCUUACCAUCGUCAAGCGGCUACACCAGAUCCACCCCGAGCUGAAGCCGGACGCGGUGAAGAGCGCGCUGCAAGACUUCAAGCGGGAUGUGCAAGCCUUCCUCAACGUGACAAACCCGAUACCCAUCGACAAGUUUGGGCGAGCCCUCGGGGUCGGCAAGAGAAAGUCCUCAAUCGCCAGGGCGUUCGUUGUCGAGGGCGAUGGCCAGGUGCUAGUCAACGGCAAGACGCUCCCGGAUUAUUUUGGGCGGGUCCAUGAUAGGGAGAGCGCCGUUUGGGCUUUGCAUUCGACAGAUCGGAUCGACAAGUACAAUGUGUGGGCGCGUGUUGAGGGGGGCGGCACCACCGGGCAGGCGGAAGCGCUCACGUUAGCCAUUGCGAAGGCCCUACUGGCUCACGAGCCUGCGUUGAAGCCUGCGCUACGGAGAGCCGGCUGCGUCACUCGCGACCCGAGGAGAGUGGAGAGAAAGAAGCACGGCCGGGUCAAGGCGAGAAAGGGAUUUACAUGGGUCAAGAGAUAGUUUUGGCUGGGCGGGUCGUUGUGUACUUUGGGUCUGCGUGGUCAACUAUCCCCAUGCGCUUGGAGGCUGCGUUUAUGCUUAUCCCUCUGUAAGCUUUAUCUUUGUAACAACUGUACCACGGAUAACUGUACAAUACAAGACAUGGAGUGUUUCAGAUCUGCGUCACCGGAUGGGGUACAUGUCAACC